AUGGAGCUUGCACAUCGUAGAUGGAUGUAUAAUCGAACUUAUCCUAAUCGUAGUGGGUUGAGGGAGGAAUUUAUAGAAGGGGUCGCUGAAUUUAUGGCUAAAGCGAAAACACUUCAUGAAUUUCUCAGUGAAGGGACUAUUCACGGAGAGGAUGUUGCUAGUGUUGGUGUUGUCGAUUUUCAAAAAAAUUUUGGUAGUGAGGGUAGUCCUUUAGCAGAGAAUAAUGUUGAAAAUUCUCGAUUCAAUGAAAUGGUUAGGGAUGCUUUUGUGAUGCACCCGGGGGCUCAGUCUGAACCAAAUGAUGAUGCUAAGUGCUUCUAUGAACAGUUACAGGAAGCUGGUCGUCCAUUGUAUGAAGGCUCAAUACAUUCUAAGUUGUCUGUUGCGGUUAGACUAUUAAGUAUUAAAUCAGAUUCGAGUAUUUCCCAAGCGGGCAUGGACUCUAUCAUUGACCUUAUGAAUGAACUUAAUCCGAAUAAAAUUGACCUACCCAAAGAUUUCUACACAGCAAAGAAACUGGUUUCUAAGUUAGGACUUUCAUCCGAGAGAAUUGAAUGUUCUGAGAAAGGUUGCAUGUUGUUCUAUAAGGAUGAUGCAACUUUAGAAAAUUGUAAAUUUUGUAACCAACCUCGUUACAAGGAAGUCACAAAUUCCAAAAUGAAGAAUAAGGUUCCAGUAAAGCCGAUGCAUUACUUACCCUUUAUACCUAGGUUAAAGAGGUUGUAUGCAUCAAUGAGCUCCGCUCCUCAUAUGAGAUGGCACUAUGAAAAUAGACGGCCACCCGGUAUUUUAUGUCAUCCGUCAGAUGGAGAAGCAUGGAAGCAUUUUGAUAGGGUGUUUCCGGAUUUUGCUAAUGAACCAAGAAAUAUUAGGUUGGGUUUAUGUGCAGGUGGAUUCACUCCAUUUUCUGUCUCGGCUGCACCAUAUUCAUGUUGGCCGGUGUUUGUUACGCCGUAUAAUCUUCCUCCUGAGUUGUGUAUGACAAGUCCAUAUUUGUUCCUAACCUGUAUUGUUCCAGGUCCACGCAAUCAGAAAAGUUUGAUUGAUGUAUAGAUGCAACCUUUAUUGAUGAGUUAAAGUUAUUGUGCCAUGAAGGUGUGGAAACAUAUGAUAUAUCAACUAAACAAAACUUCAGAUUGCGUGCUGCUUUGAUGUGGACUAUAAAUAAUUUACCUGCCUAUGGAAUGUUGUCCGGGUGGUCGACUGCGGGAAAGUUAGCUUGCCCAACUUGUAUGGAAGACACAGAAACAUUCACGUUGAAACAUGGAGGAAAGAACACAUGGUUUGAUUGCCACCGUCAAUUCCUGCCUAGGGAUCACGAGUUUAGGAAAAAUACUAGUGCAUUCAUGAAGAACCAAACUAAUUUUGAGGAGCCACUGUCACCAUUGUCGCCAGAAAAAAUUUGGAACAGAGUUUGGUCUCUACCUAAGGUAAUAGAGUCUGCAAUGUCUAAUAAGAUAUCUGGUUAUGGUGUUACUCAUAAUUGGACUAAACAGAGCAUAUUUUGGGAGUUACUAAGCAUAACCUUCUUCGGCAUAAUCUGGAUGUCAUGCAUAUCGAGAAAAACUUUUUGACAACACAUUUAAUACUGUAAUGGAUGUCAAUAGCAAGACAAAAGAUAACUCAAAGGCUAGGAUGGACUUAAAGGAAUAUAAUAGACGAAGUGAGUUGUACCUGACAUACAUGAUAAACAAGAUUCAGAAGCCCAAGGCCAGUUACACAUUCACUUUCGAUGAGAGAAGAGAUAUUUGUGAUUGGGUUAAGAAUUUAAGGAUGCCUGAUGGAUAUGCGUCAAACUUAUCUAGGUGUGUUGACAUGAAAGAAGGGAAGUUGACGUCUAUGAAGAGCCACGAUUGUCAUAUUUUCCUUGAAUCAUUGAUGCCUAUUGCGUUCAAAGCCUUACGUGAUAGAAUAUGGAAACCCAUUACUGAGAUAAGUUUUUUCAAGGAGUUGUGUUCUAGCACAUUGAAGGUGGAGAACCUAGCUUACAUGUAGAGUAACAUUUGCUUAACUUUAAACAAGCUGGCAAAAAUUUUUCCUCUUGGAUUUUUUGAUGUAAUGGAACAUCUUCCAAUUCAUCUUGCGCAAGAGGCCCGACUUGGAGGGUCUGUUCAGUGUAGAUGGAUGUAUCCUUACGAGAGGACUAUUGGAAAAUGUAAGUGGAACGUGAAAAAUAGAUCCAGGAUUGAGGGAUCGAUAUGUGAGGCACAUCUGGCUAAAGAAACUUCUUUUUUCUGUUCAUAUUAUUUUGAACAUGAUGUGCCAUGUUUGAGAAAUAUGCCAAAUCGGCAUGAUGAUGGAGGUGUUUUUGAUCGAGCCGCGUGCUUCUAUGACAUAUGUAAGAUCCUAACAACAAGAUUCUCAAGUUUCUUCUUUUGGUUUUGCAUUGGGAUAACACUUAGUCUGAUUCUUACAAGAUUAGCACAAAAAACUCUUGUGAGUUAAACAAUUAGUAAUCAAUGAAUUUAACAUCUUUCAGUUGGUAUUUGUUUAAGUAUUUCCUUAAAAGUUGUGUGAAAUAGCAACUGUAUGAUUGCAUGAGCAA